CCCCUCCCUCCGUCGUCUCUGAAAUGAACAAAGAACUUGCGUCUCUGUCGAGAGAGAGAGAGGGAGAGAGAGGGGCUAUGGGAAUGGAUUCCCACCGAAGACUUGAUUCUCUCACCGCUCACAUCGCCCUCUACCACUCAGCCUCCUCCAAGGUAUCGAACCCUAACCCUAGCCCUCGGGCUGCCGUACUCCGGUGGUUCUCGGGCCUGACCGUCGCCCACCGCCAGUCCGCCCUCACCGUCGCGGACGCCGACUUCCUUCGCGUCCUCCUCCAGAUGCUCUCCCGCCUCCGCCGCCGAGGCCACGGCUUCUUCUUCCUCCUCCCCGACCUCCCCUCCCCUUCCCUCCCCUCCCUCUGCUUCCGCCGUUCUUACGGUCUCCUCUCCCGCGCCGCUGCCGCCGACGCCGCCGAGAGGACCGUCGCCGAUUCCCUCCUCCUUUUCGCGUCCAGCGAUGAUUCCCCCCUCCUGGAUGCGGCCACGGUGGCGGAGGACCUUGUCUCGGAUGUUGACCGCUUCGUGGCGGUCAUGGAUGCGAUCUCUGGUGGGAGGUUCCUCAGAGGGGAGGUGAACGGGUUGGCGGCGCCGUGGGCGGAGAUGCCUUGGUUGAAGGACAAAGGGUACUACAGCUUGGAGGCGUUUGUGGCAAAUCGGCUUGAGGUUGCUCUGAGGUUGUCGUGGCUUAGCUCCCUGGGAGGCAAGAAGCUGAAGGGUGGGAAGGCAGCCAAGGAGAAAGCCUUGACUGCUGGUCUGGCGGCAAAUGUUUUUUGGAGGAAGAAAGGUUGCUUGGAUUGGUGGGCGGGGUUGGAUCCUGGAGGAAGGAAAAAAAUCUUUGAGGCCUUCUUGGGGAAGGCAGCUAAAUCUCUGGCAAAUGAAAUUAUCAGGGAGUCAGAACUUGCCUCGUGGAAUGAACUUUGUUUUCACAAGCUUGAUGGUGAAUUCCAACUAAGAUAUGGUCCCAUUCCUUGUUGGAUGAGGUCAAAGAAGCCAUUCUUCAGUAGGAAGCCAGAUUUUUGCAUGGACAUCAUUACCAACACAUCUUCUGGAAGGCCACAAUCUCUAGCCAAAUAUUUGAACUGUUUACUAGUAAUUCAGGAGAUAUGUUCUCUUUAUCUUAGUGAAUAUGAAGAAAAGAUAAUGCUCUUUAGUACACUACCAUCUGCUGAUACCAUUUCUGAUUCUAUUUUAAGGAAACUACAAAAACUCCUCAUGGGUAUAUAUACUAACUAUAUAAAUGUUGAACUUCUGGGAGAUGCAAAGUUGAAGACCAAUCAAAACAAAAGUCAACAGAAGUCUAACACUGGCUGUCUCAAAGGGAAGAAGAAAUCUCGUAGUUCUGGGAAGCCGAGGUCUGUUCCAAAGGCAUCCAAAGUUGAUUCCACCUCAUGCGAAACUUCAGUGGGUCAUGAAUGUGGAGCAGACAGUGCACGUGAUAGCACAACUAGGCUUUGUUCCCAAGAGGAGACUAUUUUGCCAAUGGAUAAUCAGAAGGCUAAAACAACUACUACUACACUGAAAGAUCAUGGAAAUGGGACUCCAUCAGCAGAGAACGACACUGAAAAUAUUGGCGACUCGUUUGAGUGCAAGAGCCAUACCAGUAAGAAGAAAAGUGGAAGAAGAAGAGCUAAAACUAAAAGUAAAAUCUCAAGCUCAAUGAAAGUUGGAUGUCCUGAUCUUGAGGAUAAAAGAUCUGAUCUUUCAUCCCUUGCUGUGGAUAUUGAAAGGAAAGAAGCCAUUGAUCCCUUGUUGAAUGGAUUAAGUAGUCCAGCAACUGUUACUCCCUUGUUGAAUGGAUCUGCUAUCAUUUCUGAUCCAUCACCAGUAGAUAAUUCAUGUGAGCCUUAUCACGAGCCAGGUUUAAUGGAUGAGAAUGGGAAUACAGGGUGCAUGAAAAAGGAUCUUGAUCUUCAUAAUACCAUAAACCACUGUGUUACUGGGUUGUGCUUUUCCAAAAGUUCAGACAGAUCAGAAAUCCACCAUGAAUGCAAGUGUGACUCACAAUCUGCUAAUACAUUAGAAGUGGUGCCACAAAUAUCUAUGACAAACAGUGCAAUCUGCUCUGAUGAAACUAGUGCAAAUUCUGUUGAUCCAUCCAUGAAGUGUUUAGAGAACGAAAACAGAUAUCAGGUAUCCAAUCUUUCUUUACCUAUGCCUGAGCCAAGUAUUAAAGGCAGAUCAUAUGAUUGGCCUGAAACCAAGAUUAAUAAUUCUGAAAAUCUAUGCAAAAUAACUUCACAGUUUGUUGCUUCUUCAAUAAACCAAGAAGGUUUUGCAAAUGAUGAUGGUUCUGUAAUUCAAAAUGAUAGUAAAACAUGCUAUUCAUAUAAUCAAACAAAUACUUUUGAAGGAAAAUCAUAUGAGUGGCCUGUCAUAGCGCCCCAUAAUUUUUCAUCUUUCAAUUCACAGCAUGUUCCUGCUGCUACGGAGAGGCUACAUUUGGAUGUUGGACAUGAAUGGCCUGCUUACCGUCAUCAGUCCUUCCUAUGUUCGAGGCAUCAGGCAAGGCUCCCUUCCAACGAGGGUGGAUGCAACCAUAUCUUACCUCCUCUAACUUUGCCAAUGAGUUUUGAUUGGCCUCCUAUGGUUAAAAGUUGUACUCGAUUGAGUCAAACAGUGACUGUAAGCUAUGAUUCUGGAUAUAAUUCAAGGCUGCAAUCUUCAUAUUGUACAGGUUUUUCGGGUCAUGCAGUUCAAAAUACUGGUACUUUUAGUGAGAAUGACAGAAUUCAUACUGGAGAUAUUCUGGAUGUAUAUGAUAUGAAAAACAUAUCGGAUUUGGCAGAGGAUACUGAAAGCUAUUGGCUUUCGGAGGAGGAAAUAGAGAGUCAUAUGCUAUCUGGGAGGGAUUAUAAUCAGUUUUUUGGUGGUGGAGUGAUGUACUGGAAUCCUGCUGAACAUGUUGGAUCAGGUUUUUCUCGCCCACCAUCUCAUAGUUCUGAUGAUAGUGGAUGGGCUUGGCACGAGGCUGAUCUUAACAGAGCUAUAGAUGAUAUGGUUGGAGUGCCUGGAUUAUCUGCUUCAUACAAUACAAAUGGUCUGGCCUCACCAACUGCCACUCAGUUUUGUUCACCAUUUGACACCGUGGGAUCUGGACACCAAUCCGUUGGUUAUGCUGUUUCAGGAAAUGAUAUUACUGGGAAGGUUAUUAACUCUUCCUCAGUGCCAGAUAUUCCUGAAGAAAAAGCUCCAAAAUCCAUGAAUAAUUCAGCUAGUGUCAUUGAAGGAGUGAAAGGAGAUACACUUCCAUUCUCAAUGUUGCGGCCAAUCAUUGUUCCAAGCAUGUCGAGAAGGGGAUCCAGAUCGGAAUUUAAGCUUGGCUAUGAACACAAAAGCCCAUGUGUGCCUUCUAGUAGGAGGGAUGUUCCCCAAAUCAAGAGACCACCAUCCCCCGUGGUACUUUGUGUUCCUCGAGUGCCUCGCCCUCCUCCACCUUCUCCUGUAGGAGAAUCUAGAAAGCGUGGCUUCCCAAUUGUUAGGUCUGGAAGCUCAAGUCCCAGACACUGGGGUGUUAGGUUUUCUGAUGAAAGUGGUUCUGAGGAAAGUCGAUGUUGUUUUGAUGGUGCUGAAGUUGUAUGGCCUUCAUGGGGAAACAAAGGCCUUACCACCAAUCCCAUGGUUCGGUCAAUUCAUGGACCUUUAUUGACAGAUCAUCUCAUCACAAUUCCCCAGCUUGCCUUCGAUCAGGAACAUCCUGAUGUAGCUUUACCAUUGCAACCUCCAGAGUUGUUGAAUUGUUCAUCUGCUAAAACAUCCUUGUCUAUCAUGCACAAUCUUCUUCAUGAGGAAAUCGAUUUUUUUUGCAAGCAGGUUGCUGCUGAGAAUCUGAUUAAGAAGCCCUACAUUAAUUGGGCUGUCAAGAGGGUAACGCGUUCCCUUCAAGUCCUCUGGCCUCGCUCCAGGACAAACAUAUUUGGUUCUAAUGCGACUGGUUUAGCUCUUCCAACUAGUGAUGUAGAUAUCGUGGUUUCUCUUCCUCCAGUGCGGAAUUUGGAACCUAUCAAAGAAGCUGGAAUUUUGGAAGGUCGUAAUGGUAUCAAGGAAACAUGCCUUCAGCAUGCAGCUAGAUACCUUGCAAACCAGGAGUGGGUUAGAAAUGACUCCCUCAAGACCAUAGAGAAUACUGCGAUUCCUGUAAUCAUGCUGGUGGCAGAAGUUCCUGACGACAUUGAUAUUUCAAGAAAGAAAUCGUCCAUGGUGGAUAUACCACGAGCACUUUCAAGUAUGGUUCCUGGGAGACAAUGCAACAUUCCUACUACUGAUCUUUCUAGUUCAGACUGUACCUCUUGGCCAUAUUCAAAAAUGAAAAAGGAUGAUAACAUUGAUGUAAAGUCGAUUCGUCUUGAUAUCAGCUUCAAAUCAGCAUCACAUACUGGACUUCAAACUUCUGAACUGGUUAGAGAACUGACCCAGCAAUUUCCUGCUUCUGUACCGCUGGCUUUAGUACUUAAGAAGUUCCUGGCUGAUCGAAGUUUGGACCAUGCUUAUUCUGGUGGUUUAAGUUCAUACUGCUUGGUGUUGUUGAUUAUACGUUUUCUGCAGCAUGAACACCAUGUUGGUCGGCCUAAUAACCAAAACCUUGGUGGCCUUCUGAUGGACUUUCUCUACUUCUUUGGGUAUAUUUUUGAACCACGUCAUAUGCGUGUUUCAAUCCAAGGAAGUGGAAUUUAUAUGAACCGGGAAAGAGGACUCAGCAUCGAUCCAAUUCAUAUUGAUGACCCUCUUUAUCCAACUAAUAAUGUUGGAAGAAACUGCUUCCGUAUACAUCAGUGUAUCAAGGCUUUUGCUGAUGCUUACUCUGUGCUGGAAAAUGAGUUACCCCACUUUUCUGGUAAUUCUGUUCCAAGUUCAACCGGAAAAUUCAGGCUACUUCAAAAGAUCAUUUCAAAUAUUGAUUGCGUGGAGUAAAAUUCUAUCACGAGGAUUUUUUGAUUCCUUGAAUGGCUGGUCAUUUUGUUGACAAGUGAAUCACCUACAUAUGGAUCUUUUUUAGUUUCCAAGGUGUCGCUGCUCCUUGAACUAGAAGUCUGGGGUUGCUGAUCUGAUGUUCUGAUGGCAUCUUAAAUAUUGAUUUUAUUGAUUUCGUUGGAACAUUUCAUCAUCACUUGCUUUAUUGUUUCUUGGGACAACUGAAGAGAAUAUGUUCAUUAGUGGCCCAGCAUUCAGAGUGAUUUUGGGUAUAUAGUCCAUCGAGGAGCUGGCCUAUGUAACUGUUCUGUGCCUAGAGAGCUCAAGUCACUGAGUAUGCAUGUGAAUGUCUCUGUUCUUGUUUGUGCAUUUGCUUUCAUACGAGAGAUUCUAUUGCCACCUGACAUUGGAUUUUUAUGCUAAAAUGGUUUUACAACAUAUAGGAGUGCUAAAACUGCUAAUCCAAAGUCUUAUGGCGUUUCCAAAUCAAGAAAGUUCUUACGCCUGAAACUCUUCAUCUGGACACCGAAGGCAGCUUUUGCUCUAAUUGGACCGCUAACCAGUCCAAGUCUAUAAAUUGCCUUCGGUGCUUUAUUACAAGUUUUGAUUAAGCUUCAACAAGUUUUGAUAUUUUGAGGCCAUAAGCCCCCAACACUACACGGAGAUUCAUUUCAUUGCUCCUUUCUGCUCCUCGUUGGGCCUGGCCAUGUAAAGAGGAGAAGGGACAUCCCACCCAAUUAUUUCUGGGUGGGCUUCGUUACUUCUUUCCAAGCCUUGUCAUUGCUUGUUGCACCCAAGAAGGAAAAGCUAUGCUGGGUUCAUACAGCUGAAUGUCGGAGAAACCAGGGGGUGUCUGGUUGCAGUCUUGAAAAGCAUAACUGGACGUGGAACUGUUAUGAGUCCAAGAGUACCUCCAUCUUCAACAAUUUAAUAUGGAGAAGGGUGGGACUUUUAAGGGCUUAAGGCAUGGCAGGCUUCUCUCUGUAUUAUUAAAUAUUUCGUAAUCUGGUUCGACUCAGUAAAAAUGAUCUUUUGGAAGGUGUUAUAAUUUCAAUGGUAGAUACAAUGAUGAGAAUGUUCACUGAGGGUGAAAAGCCAAGAACGCACAAGGACGAAGCAAAAAAAGCCACUUUGUGCAUCUUAUCCUGUAUUAUGCUGAAACAUGUUCCUCCAUGCUUUCCAGGAUCUCCCAGGUUAGAAGUUUGGAUGGACGCACCGCAAUUUUGGUUCAGAGACACCAGUCCCAUACUCGUUUGAAGUUUAAGCAAUUUCAGAUUGGCAUUAUUAGGUCAAUGUUGAAGUUGUAGUUUGAUUAUUUUGUCAUUUGUAUUUAAUAUGGUUCCUAAUGGAUUGUGUAUCUUAAUGGAUUGUGUAUCUUUUUAUAUGUUUAAAUAUUUGCCUCACUGUUAA